CCAUGCGCUCACACAGACACACAUCCACACACGGAGACACGAACACACGAGCCUUCCCUCUCCUCCACUUCUCCCUUUCUCCUCCACACUCCCUGUCCCCCCCCUCCCUCCUUCUCUUCGCACAAACAAACAUGGCCGCCAAAUCGGACGGAUCCGCCGCCGCAUCCGCCGUACCCUCGGCUGCCGCGUGCGCGCGCGACAAGGAGCCCGAGGCGCGUGGCAUCCUGGCGGCGCCCGUGGAGCGCGAGGGCCGCUCCCGCCGGCACGCGCUGCUCGACUGCUGCUGGGUGCUGUGCGCGCUGCUCGUCUUCUUCUGCGACGGCGCCACGGACGUGUGGCUCUCGGCCGACUACUACGCGCGCCGCGACUACUGGUGGUUCGCGCUCACGCUGCUCUUCGCCGCGCUGCCCUCCGUCGUGGUGCAGGUGCUUAGUUUCCGCUGGUUCGUCUACGACUACACGGAGGAGGCGGAUGAGGACGCGGCGACGGUGGCGGCGCGCUCGCGCCGCCGCACACUCGGCUGCUGCCGCGCGUGCAUGUGGGCGUUCCAGUCCCUCGUGCACGUCCUACAGCUGGGCCAGAUGUGGAGGUACAUUCACACACUGUACCUGGGUGUGCAGAACCACUGGUAUCGCCAUUGCUACUGGCGCCUGAUGUUUGAGACGGCUGAUGUGAAUAUGCUGAGGUUGCUGGAGGCUUUCCUGAAGAGCGCACCACAGCUUGUCUUGCAGCUCAGCAUCAUGAUCCACAGCAAACACAUCCUGCCACUGCAGGGUCUCUCCACCUCUGCCUCUUUGGUCUCCUUGGCCUGGAUGAUCGCCUCCUACCAGAAGGUCCUUCGUGACUCUAGAGAUGACAAGCUACCCAUGUCCUACAAGGCAGUGAUUGUGCAAAUGCUGUGGCACCUGUUCACCAUCGGUGCACGUACCAUCGCCUUUGCGCUCUUCGCCUCUGUCUUCCAGCUGUACUUUGGCAUCUUUGUCGUGGCUCACUGGUGCGCUAUGACCUUCUGGAUCAUCCAAGGCGAGACAGACUUCUGCAUGUCCAAGUGGGAGGAGAUCAUUUACAACAUGGUUGUGGGCAUCAUUUACAUCUUCUGCUGGUUCAAUGUCAAGGAGGGUCCAGCACGAUGUCGCCUGGCUGCCUACUACUGUGUAAUUUUGGUAGAGAAUGCAGUGCUCACAGCCACCUGGUAUGCAUACAGGGGUCCACACACCUCAGACUUCUAUGCGCUUAUCAUUGUGUGUGUUGUAGUAUGUAGCUAUGCUUUAGGAACAUUUUUUAUGUUUGUCUACUACUGCCUGCUCCAUCCUGACGGCCCAGUUAUGGGCUCACAAUGGAGCUGCAUGGAGGAGGGAAUAGGUGCAAUCGGACUUGGAGGUGUCGGGGACCUUGGGACCCCUCUGCCUCAACCAGAUGUUGUCACAAGUCCCCCAAGAACCUUACAGAGGACUAAAGAUGGGGAACGGGAACCAGGGGACAAGGAGAGUUGCUUGCCUGUUUUUCAGGUGAGGUCCAUCAGUGUGGCUCCAGCACCUUCUCCACGAACAUCAAAAACCGAGGGUCCAGUAAUUCGAAUUGACCUGCACAGGAAGAGCUACCCAGCCUGGGAUGCACACUUCAUCGACCGGCGGUUGAGAAAAACCAUUUUGGUGCUGGAGAAUACAUCGCCAGUGACGCCACGGAUCCAGUACCGAAGCCUUGGCAGCCCCAAAGAGGUCAUGGAGUACGAGACUACUGUGUAGUUGCAAUUCCUGACCUCCUGUUAGCAAGAACUUUGCCUGUAACUCUGCGUCUCUGUGUAGAGAGGCAAUGAAGAGUAAGGCGAUGCUGGGAGAUUCCCAGAAUACCUUUGGUGCUCUAAGGCAUGUGUGUGCGCAUGGGACAUGGGGCAUUCGCUUUGCCUGGAAAAUAACACUUCUAAAAAAAACUGUAUUUCAGAAAACAUGAGUGGAACAUGAGCAAGAGUCUACAAGGUCAAAAUGCUCAGUGAGUGAGGGCGGUGACUGUAAAUGAAAAUGAUCUUCAAGAAUAAUACCAUUAUUCCAGCCAUAAAUACUGACUAAAGUGAGGCGGUGAUACCUGUCCAUAGAUGUUUUGAUGAUGAUGUGCAUGGACAUGAUGAUAAUGGUGAAAAUAAUUAGUAGGAGGUUUCAGAUGAUUAGUGUUAAAUGCUAGACGAACUGACCAAACAGUCCAGGAUCGUCCUGGGAGCUGCACUGGUCUAACUCCAUGAAUGUUAGUGACUUGAAAACAGUACCAGUUGUGUAUUAUAUUGCUUAUGUGAAUGGUGAGAUUAGCCAGUUGAAUCAUCAUUGAUUUAUUUAUUGAUUAUCCGAGUAGAUAUAUUUUUUUGUUAUUCUGUGGCGAUGAUAACAAAGAUGUUUUUUAUUGUAUCAAUGUAUACAUAUAAUCAUUUUCUUAUAUGUAUACAGUACAUUGGAAUGGUAUCACUGUGUAGGUAUGAAUGUGUUUUGGGUUUUGGUCUGUAUGUUGAGCUGGUCUUUGAUCAUACUGCAUUGUUUAUCUGUAAAGGUAAAAGACAGAAAAAUGUAUUUAUGAAGAAAAAAAAUGGGUUAACCACACCCUGAUGAUGAAACAUUAUGACUAAAAUGUAGUUGGAAAAAUAAUUUAGUAAAAUGGCUGUCAACA